AUGAGUUUGGUUUGUGAAGAGACUUCUUCUAGAGUGAAGCUUGGUAUGUUGAAGCUUACUUGUGGAAUUUUGGAUCAGAUUCGAGAAGGUCAGAAAUCUAAUUUGGUUUUGGUAGAUCGAUUGACGUUGAUCAAUCAAGGUAAAGGUGGUGAUUUUCAUAUUGAUGAGAAUGGUAUCAUGAGGUGUCAUGAUAGAGUUUAUGUUCCCGAUGUGACGAAAUCUGCUCACUUUAUUCCGAUUAGAAUGGAUUAUCCGAUGGAGAGGCUUGCAAAGCUGUAUAUUGAGAAAAUUGUCAGUUUGCAUGGUAUUCCGUCUAGCAUUGUGUCAGAUAGGGAUGUGAGGUUUACUUCAAGAUUUUGGGAAGGUUUGCAACGUGCUUUGGGUACAAAGUUGUGUUUGAGUUCUGCUUAUCAUCCGCAGACAGAUGGUCAGACUGAGAGAAUGAUUCAGUCGCUUGAGGAUCUUUUGAGAGCUUGUAGUCGUAAGAAGAGUUACCAUGACAAGAGAAGGAAAGGGCUUGAGUUUGAGGUAGAUGAUCAUGUAUUUUUAAGAGUUACUCCGGUAACGGAUGUUGGUAGAGCAUUGAAGUCGCAUAAGUUGACGCCACGUUUUACUGGUCCGUAUCAUAUAUCUGAGAAAGUAGGUGACGUGGCUUAUCGGAUUACGUUGCUGCCGUCACUUGCUAAUCUCCAUGAUGUGUUUCACGUGUCUCAAUUGAGGAGAUACAUUGCGGAUCCUUCGCAUGUUGUCCAAUUAGAUGAUGUUAAGGUUAGAGAUGAUUUGAUCGUGGAUACAUUACCUAUACGGAUAGAAGAUAGAGAGGUGAAACAACUCCGUGGUAAAGAGAUCGCUUUGGUGAAAGUCGUUUAG